UGCUGCAUCCGUAGUUGAGAGAACCAAUAUGGCGUCGCCCUAUGCAGUACAAGUCCACAGCAUGUUAGAUAAUCUUUGAUUUUGUUUCAUGUUUAAAGUUAUUCGCAACAAAUUAAACUAACUGAUACCCAUCAGAAGACAAUAUUUAGUAAACGCAGACUACAUCAUGGGGUUUCAGUGCUUGUUAUUAGGCGCGAGGUCGUGUCGAACUUUUAUUUCAACGUAUCGAAUAACAGGCAUUCAGUCUUCAAAAACCUUUGCAUCUACAUGGACGCAGUUCUUUAAAAACAAUGAUACAACAACCAUCUUGAGGACACUACGUUUCCAUGUGCGUGGCAAUUGCAAUUCAACAACCUCAACUUCAGUCAGGAAUGCAUACACCUUCACAUCUACUGCUGUCGCAAAGGACGUGAUACUCUUCGAGCACGACCGGACCCGGUUUUUUAGACUUUUGGCCAUAUUUUGCGGAGGCCAGUUUAUAUUCUGGGCAUAUUUGGCUCAUUUUGCUUUUACAAGUCUUCGAGACACGAGAAAAAACGCAGAGUCUCAAAAUGUGAGAACUGAUUUAGGGGGCCUUUUCAGUUUUGACAUGAACCUCGGAUCAAACGCGUGGAGGUAUGGGUUUACCCUUGGGUGCCUAGUCAUCGGUGGAGGAAUCCUGGGCGUGGCAAUAUUGUUUAGCCGUCGUUCUGUCAGUCGUGUAAUUCUGCAUAAGGGAGGUGGGAAAGUUACAGUGUCUACUCAGUCACCUUUUGGACCUCUUAGAGCUCACCAUUUAACUGUGCCUUUGAGUCAAGUGACCUGUCAUGCACAUAGACAGGAAUCACCUUCAUUUAUUCCUCUAAAAAUUAAAGAUUACAAGUUCUACUUUCUGUUGGACAAAGAGGGGACACUGAACAACCCUAAACUUUUUGACAUUACUGUUGGAGCAUACAGACCCCUGUAAUAUGAAGUUAAAUCUUGUGUGUGUAUAUAAUCUAUUGGAUGCUUCAGCUCUGUCAUUUACGUGAAUUGGAAAGAACACGGGAACCACGCAAAAAAAGGAAUAAAUUGUUUUCCGUUUAACUGUAUGUGCUGACACUGAAUAAAAAUGGUUA